CCGGGCCGGGCUUCCCCGCGGGCAGCCAGCCCUGCCUGUCCGCGCUCCCCACCGCAGCCAUGGGUCCCGGGGCCCCGCGGCCGCUGCUCCUGCCACUGGGCGCGCUGCUGUGGGCCGUGGCGGGCGCCUGGGAGCUCACGAUCCUGCACACCAACGACGUGCACAGCCGGCUGGAGCAGACCAGCGAGGACUCCACCAAGUGCACCAACGCCAGCCUCUGCGUGGGCGGCGUGGCGCGGCUGUUCACCAAGGUGCAGCAGGUCCGCCAGGCCGAGCCCAACGUGCUGCUGCUCGACGCCGGCGACCAGUACCAAGGCACCAUCUGGUUCACCGUGUACCGGGGCGCUGAGGUCGCGCACUUCAUGAACGCCCUGCAAUAUGAUGCCAUGGCACUGGGAAAUCAUGAAUUUGAUAAUGGUGUAGACGGACUGAUCAAUCCAUUGCUCAGAGAAGCCAGAUUCCCAAUCUUGAGUGCAAAUAUUAAGGCAAAGGAACCACUAGCAUCGCAAAUCUCAGGACUCUAUCUGCCCUAUAAAAUUAUUUACAUUGGUAAUGAAGCUGUGGGAAUUGUUGGAUACACUUCAAAAGAAACCCCCUUUCUCUCAAACCCAGGAGCAAAUUUAAUAUUUGAAGAUGAAAUCACUGCACUGCAACCUAAAGUAGAUCUACUAAAAACUCUAAAUGUGAACAAAAUUAUUGCACUGGGACACUCUGGAUUUGAGAUGGAUAAACUCAUCGCACAGAAAGUAAAGGGUGUGGAUGUUGUGGUAGGAGGACACACCAAUACGUUUCUUUAUACAGGCAACCCACCUUCCAAAGAGGUGCCUGCUGGGAAGUAUCCAUUCAUAGUCACUUCUGAUGAUGGGCGGAAGGUGCCUGUGGUCCAGGCCUAUGCUUUUGGCAAAUACCUAGGCUAUCUGAAGGUCGAGUUUGAUGAAAAAGGAAAUGUCAUCACUUCAUCUGGGAAUCCCAUUCUCCUAAAUGCCAGCAUUCCUGAAGAUCCAAGCAUAAAAGCGGACAUCAACAAAUGGAGGAUACAGUUAGCUAAUUAUUCUACUCAGGAACUGGGGAGAACUGUUGUCUAUCUGAAUGGCUCCACCCAGGCGUGCCGUUUCAUGGAAUGCAACAUGGGCAACCUGAUCUGUGAUGCUGCGAUUAAUAACAACCUCCGACAUCCAGAUGAAAUGUUUUGGAGCCACGUGUCCAUGUGCAUUUUAAAUUCAGGCGGCAUCAGAUCGCCCAUAGAUGAGCGGAACAACGGCACCAUUACCUGGGAGAACCUGGCUGCUGUGUUGCCCUUUGGAGGUACAUUUGACCUGGUCCAAUUAAAAGGUUCCACCCUGAAGAAGGCUUUCGAGCACGGUGUACAUCGCUAUGGCCAGGCAACUGGAGAAUUCCUACAGGUGGGCGGAAUCCAUGUGGUAUAUGAUCUUUCCCGAAAACCAGGGGACAGAGUAGUCCAAUUACAUGUUCUUUGCACCAAGUGUCGAGUGCCCAUUUAUGAGCCACUUGAAAUGGAUGGGAUAUAUAAGGUGAUCCUUCCAAGCUACCUGGUCAAUGGUGGAGAUGGAUUCCAGAUGAUAAAAGAUGAAUUAUUAAAACAUGACUCAGGUGACCAGGAUAUCAACGUGGUUUCUCAAUAUAUCUCAAAAAUGAAAGUAGUUUACCCAGCCGUUGAAGGUCGGAUCAAGUUUUCUGCAGGAAAUUAUUGCCAUGGAAGCUUUUCUUUAAUAUUUCUUUCAUUUUGGUCAAUGAUCCUUCUUCUGUACCUAUAGCCAAAAUUCUCCUUGCCAAUAAUGUAAGACUGUAUUUUUUUUCCACGUGAGAGUGCAACCUGCCUUUUGGGAGCUGGCAUUACACCACAGACCAUCCUCGAAGACUCCUACAUGCUGACACUUAGAGUACUGUGAAAGGAAGAGGCUGACAGCAACCCAAGGUCAGCAACUCAGUGUAUAGAUGGAAAAGUAAAUAGGGCCCCAUGAGGAGCUAGCCACCCAUGUUUAGUCUAUGAAUCCAAAUUUUCCUGACAUUUUAUUAGCAACUUUAAAUCACAGAAAUGAUUUUUCUCUUGCCUCACCUAUUUCUAAUACAUUGAACAACUUAGAAGUUUACACAGACCAAGCACAUUACCUCAUUUAAUGGCCACGACAUUCUUUGAUGGGUAAUUUAAGUGGUGUUUUCCUCAUUCGACACAUGAA